ACAUUUUUAAAACUGUCUGAACACACAUGUGCCCUUCUCUUUGUUUACCGUUGGCUCCAUGCAUUCACGUCACAGCGCAAUGACUUCUGGGUAAUUCCCUUGAACUAGUUGCUAAAUUUGCCAAACAAGUCUGACAAAGACGCCUUUAGAACACUUCGAUGAGACCACAAGACCCUCAACCGUCACGGAGACCGCGGGACAUGGCCCAUCCUCCGAGGUAUCGUUUGCAUUAUUAAUGUCCGAGGAGGGCAGCGGUUCUGCCGAGGGAGUUGCGACUGAAGACAACACCCCACCCAAUCACACGAAGGAGGAGGAGCGGAUGGGUCGUAGGAAACUUUGAGGAUAGUUUUCUUUGAUGUCAGCACUCUUCAGUUAGAUCGCCAGCAUCCCCGGGGAGACCAUACAGGUAACGUUAUGCUAACCGUGUCACAUUUCAUCUUAUGUAAAGGCUGUAAAGCAGCUAACGUUAGCUACCAUGUUGGGCAGGGCAUUCCUGAGCAGAGGCAUCACUGCCCACCGCCUCAGUAAGAACGUAACUUUCUACGUUAAUGAGUCGGCGCCUCCGGUGUCGGAAUGUCGGACUAACGUCUGUGAAGACCUUAAACCCGUCCUGGUCAUGCUGCCCUGGUUAGGGUCGCGUCCCCAAUCUCUGGCUAAAUACUGCGACAUCUACUUCCGCACCGGCUACGACGUGCUUGUUGUGGAGAGUCAGGUACAAGAGUUUGUGUGGCCUCGCUGGGGACUCAAUCGUGGAAAGAUGUUGCUGGAGUUACUCCAGAGUGAACGCUUUGUGUCCCGCCCACUGCUUGUCCAUGCCUUCUCUAUUGGUGGCUACACAUUUACUCAGCUGUUGGUACACAUAUCCCAGGACACACAGAAAUACCAGGCGCUCACACAAAGGAUCAAAGGCCAAGUCUAUGAUAGCCUUGUGGCGGGCUCGGUGGAGACAAUGGCAAUAGGUCUAGCUAAGACGGUGUUUCCACGAUUGGAGACAUUGGUAAAACACGGAAGCAUGUUAUACUUUGACAUGUUCAGACGCCAAACGCAGGACUACUAUAACGCAAGCAUUGAUACUUUUUGGAACAGUCCCAUCACCACUCCUGCGCUGUUCUUCUUUUGCGAGAAUGACCCAAUGAGCAACUUGCAAGCUAUGGACGAUGUGAUUGAUCACUGGCGGAAGCGUGGGGUCGUCGUCACCGCGAAGAAGUGGAAGGACUCUUCACACGCAGGUCACCUAAAGAGACAUCCACAAGAGUAUCUGACCUCUCUAGAAACGUUCCUUCAGUCUCUCUGCUUGGCCCCACUGAAGGCUAAAAUGUAAGCUGAUGUCACGCCACAUGUUUUGUUGGGAUAUGCCGACUGGGGUGACGCAGAGAGCGAAAAGUAAGGGAACCUUCCACCUGACACGUUUCUCUCUUGGAGCUACUGGCCGACUGGGUGCCAAUUACAUUUAUGUCUUGUAUUUGCUAAUGGAGAACUCAUAACACACAUCUGUUUAAUGACAUUUUAUUCAGGGAAAAUUAUAUAUAUAUAUAUAUAUAUAUAUAUAUAUAUAUAUAUAUAUAUAUAUAUAUAUAUAUAUAUAUAUAUAUAUGUUUUUUGAAGGGCAACCAGUAUAAAUUACUGGAGAAAACUCCCCACACCUAGGUCGUACUGAUUUAAUUUACUUGAAUUAAACUAAUAACAAGUAGCAAAUUAUGAGGGGAGGUAGAGGAAUGGUAUCUUGUAACGUAUUAUCGUAUUUUCGCGACUAUACGGCGCACUAAAUUAUAAGGCGCACCUUCAAUCUGCAGUGAAACGUUUGACUGGGGCUGCGUUAUGCAUCCACUAGAUCGGGCUGUGCUAAAUCAAACGUUAUUAAGCGUUCACUCCCAUGGUAACGUUGUUCAAACGUUAAUGUGGAUAUUAACAAUAUCUCUGAACCUCCAACUUUCGUUCUUGAUUAAUGAAAACAUUCUUGGCAAAUGCUUUCGUGCAUCUUGCACCGAGAGGCAGCGCUGGAACUGGAUCCCGAGAUCCAACUACGAGCUUUAAUAUACGCUGUUGGAGCUGGAAUUACCGCGGCUGCUGGCACCAGACUUUCCCUCCAAUGGAUCCUCGUUAAACAGUAUUGAUCAACCAAUUGAUCCAUAUAUAUGGCGCUCCGGAUUAGAAGGCACACGCGUUGUUUUUUUUUAGAAAAAAAAGGAUUUUAAGUGCGCCUUAUAGUCUAGAAAAUACGGUAUGUAUUAUACAGGUUCAAUAUCCAAAAUAGAAAAUUACUUUACAAUAGCCUUAAUGCAUGCACUAUUUUCUAAACCAAAAUUCUACUUUUAUUCAUAUAAAUGACUCCAGAGGCUCGACUUGAAGAUUUCUGACUGUCUAUCACUGCAUAGAUAAAUUGUUUUCUUCUUUAACACAAACCCUUGGGGUUGAGUGCUGGCAAUGCUGAUGGUAAAUUAAGCCUCAGGGGAAAACCUUUAUGAACUGACGACGAUUGUUUUAACCUCUUUUAUAAAUCAACAUUUCAGUAUUGUGUGCUAUUGACCACGUGUUGAUAAUGUUAUAAUUUGUCUUAUAACUUGAAUGUCACAUUUCAUUUGUGCAAUAAAACAGCUAUAAAGUCCA